AUGCAACAGCCCAAAACACAACAACCUACGUCAGUUGUUAGAUCUUGUGUUAAUAUUUUAUUAGGGAUUUUUCAUUUUCCAUUCCUCAUUGUGACAAAAAUAACUCAAAAACUUUUAAGCCCUGUUAAACGUAAUCAAAGACGUAUUCAAAAACGUUCUCCUACUUUUGUUUUUAAAUUAAUAUGGACGGUUGCAUUAUUAAUAGGAGAAGUUUUUAUUUUUUCGUAUUCUAUGCGAAAAUGUUCUUGGCCAGAACAUAAAAAUUGGAACACGACAGCAAUAGGGCCUGUUCAUGUUGCAAUAAUUGCUGACCCACAAGUAAUUGAUGAUUAUUCUUAUGGCCGAACAGGUAUACUUCAGCGAAUUUCUGAAAUAUAUCCUGAUAUGUAUAUGAGAAAGAAUUGGGUAAAUUUACAAAAUAUUUUUGAUCCCGAUGCAAUAAUAUUUCUUGGUGAUUUAAUGGAUGGAGGAAGAGAAUGGAAUGAUAGGAAGCAAGUUAAAUUUUUAAUUAAAAGUAACCUCUUUUUACCCGAAAAACCAUUAAAAACAUCGAUUUUUUAUUUAGCAGGGAAUCAUGAUAUUGGUUUCGGAGAUCAUGUAAUUCCAGAAGCGUUUUACAGAUUUCGAAAAGAAUUUGGACCAUUAAGUUAUAUGACAAAUAUUGGUAAUCAUUCAUUUAUAGCUUUAGAUACAAUAACUUUGAGUGGUUCUAACGAUACUUUGAAAAAGGACGCGAAAGAAUUAAUACAGAGACUCGAGAAUGAUACAACGAAUUCCCUUCCUCGCAUAUUAUUAACACAUGUCCCUUUAUAUCGUCCGCCGAAUACUGAUUGUGGAACUCUUCGACAACAAAGUCGGUAUAUUAAACAAGGUGCUGGCUACCAAUAUCAGAAUUUAAUAUUAGAAUCUUUAACAAAUUACAUUUUAAAUAAGAUAAAGCCAAUGUUAAUAUUUAGUGGAGAUGAUCAUGAUUUUUGUGAAAUUCUACACGAUGAAAUAGAUGGAAUUCCUGAAAUUACAGUGAACAGUUUCAGUUUUGCAAUGGGGAUUAGCAGACCGGGUUUUUUGCUUUUAAGUCUUUAUAAUCCUUUAAAUAAUGAUAGUUCAACAGAAACCAACUUUGCAACUUUCGCUUAUUCUCAAUGUUUACUACCAAAUCAAAUUCGAAUAUAUAUUUGGUAUAUAAUAUUAAUAUUUGCAACAAUAUUAUGUAUUUUUUCUCACACAUUUAUUAAACUAAAAAGAAAUACCGAAAUAUUACCAAUAUGGAAAAGAUAUCAUCAGAAAAAAAAAUGGAUGAUAUUUACUUCACGAUAUUGGAAGAUAAUAGGCAAAGAAAUUGGCGAUAUUGCUUUAAUUGCGCUUAUAAUUUACUUAGUUUGUUGGAUAUGGUUUUUACUUUAA